AUGGGUAGUGAAACCAAGGAGGAUAACUCUGGCUCUAGCCGAAACACUGUGCCUAAGGAGAAAAGAGCCUAUCUGUUUAGAGAAUGGACACAGAUCGAUGUAAUGAGAGCUUCGGCUGUUCUGAUCGUACAUUUGCUAUGUGCCUUGGCUCCUUUUAACUACAAAUGGGAAGCCCUCCGGUUCGGUUUUAUCCUCUCUGUGGUGACAGGCCUCAGCAUUACGUUCUCGUACCAUAGAAACUUGACCCACAAGAGCUUUAAGCUACCUAAAUGGCUUGAGUAUCCGUUUGCUUAUUCUGCCCUUUUUGCGCUUCAGGGUCAUCCAAUAGAUUGGGUGAGCACACAUAGGUUCCAUCACCAGUUCACGGAUUCAGACCGUGAUCCACAUAGCCCUAUUGAAGGGUUCUGGUUCAGUCAUGUCUUGUGGAUAUUCGACACCAACUACAUCAGAGAAAAGUGUGGAGGACGUAACAACGUGAUGGACUUGAAACAUCAAUGGUUCUAUAGGUUUCUACAAAAAACAACUGGUUACCACAUCAUGACGUUUUGGACCGUCGUCUAUCUCUGGGGUGGUCUACCCUAUCUGACUUGCGGCGUGGGUGUGGGAGGAGCAAUCGGUUACCAUGGGACUUGGUUCGUAAACUCAGCAUGCCAUAUAUGCGGCUCACGUGCGUGGAACACCAAGGACACUUCUCGUAACGUUUGGUGGCUAGCCCCACUCACGAUGGGAGAAAGCUGGCACAACAACCACCAUGCCUUUGAGGCCUCGGCUAGGCACGGCCUCGAAUGGUAUCAGCUAGACUUAACUUGGUAUCUUAUUCUGUUCUUCCAUGCUCUUGGUUUAGCCACCGAUGUCAAGCUGCCUUCAGAAGCUCAGAGACGCAAGCUGGCUUUCGUUCGUUAAUCUCAUCUAGUUCACAUCUUUCACCUUUUUUGUGUUUACUACAUUUAUGUACUCACUUUUA